AUGGACCAUCAACAUCGCUUCAACUCCCUUGUGGAUUACCAUCAACAUCCAGGUGUACUCCAGAGGGAUGGUCAACAUCAAUACCAAUGCCACCCAACAACCAAGCAGCAAGGCGCGAUGGAAACCUCGCUGGUUUACAGAACAGACAGGAAACAUCUCUGCGUGGCUGUAAAAGAGAAACUCAGCGCAGGGGAUGUUCAACUCAAGUUUAAGGGGCUUCUCGACACAGUCGCCGGAGGCUGGGAGAAUGCACUAUGGCUGCACCGGACGACGAGCUUCCGGCCUUCCAGUUAUUCCACACCGCAGAGGCGGGGGAAUAAGUAUCAGGGCAGGGCAGAUCCCAGGGUGCGCCUGGGGGCUGGCAUCUUCAUUGAUGCAAAGGAUGGCGGAGUCCUCCUUAAAGACGACGUACAUCUCAACUGCAGAGGUCGAGCACAGUGGCAGCUGUGGGACUAUGAAAGGCAUCAGUUGGAUUUGGAUGUCAGUUACAACCCACAGGGAAAGAGGAUCUUUGGCAGAGGCGGCUUCCACAUCCACAAG